AUGCAGCAACCUUAUACUAUCAAGCUGAAACCUGACGCUGUUCCUUUUUCCCUGGCCACACCGAGACGUGUCCCCAUUCCUUUGUUGGGAAAAGUGAAACAAGAACUGGAGAAAAUGGAGUCCAUGGGAGUAAUCAGCAGAGUUGAAGAGCCAACAGAAUGGUGUUCAGGUAUGGUCCCAGUGCCAACCAAAAAUGACUCAGUGCGCAUUUGUGUCGACCUCACUCAUCUCAAUGAUGCAGUGUGCAGAGAGAAGUACAUCUUACCUUCAGUGGAACAGACACUUGGAUCCCUGGCUGGAGCAAUCGUCUUCAGUAAGUUAGAUGCAAACAGAGGGUUUUGGCAGGUCCCAUUGUCACCUGAGUCAGCACACUAUACAACAUUCAUUACCCCUUUCGGACGCUACCAUUUUAACAGACUCCCUUUUGGAAUAGCCUCAGCCCCAGAACAUUUUCAGCGGAGAAUGUCAGUGAUUCUCAAUGGGCUACCAGGCGUGAUUUGUCACAUGGACGAUAUUCUCAUUUGGGGAAAGGACCAGCUGGAGCAUAAUGUCAGACUUCACACAGUGCUUCACAAACUGCAAGAGGCUGGUGUCACCCUAAAUAGGGAGAAAUGCGACUUAAGCAAACAUGAGGUAAAGUUCCUUGGACACAUUUUGUCUGCGGAGGGAGUCCAACCUGACCCGGACAAAAUCAGAGCAGUCAAAGCAAUGAAAGAGCCGUCAAAUGUCAGCGAAGUGCGUAGCUUUCUUGGGAUGGUCAACCAGUUAGGUAAAUUUAUUCCAGGACUGGCGGAAAAAGACAAGCCCCUAAGAGAUCUGCUUUCAAAGAAAAACCAGUGGGUUUGGGACCAUGCACAACAAAAAGCAUUUGAUCAACUGAAAAGUGAUCUGACAUCACCACCUGUUCUCACACUCUAUGAUCCGAACAAAGAUCUGAAGCUGUCUGCGGAUGCCUCAUCCUACGGACUUGGUGCAGUCCUAUUUCAAAAAGAAGGUGAGCAGUGGAGACCGGUAGCAUACGCCUCACGCUCCUUAACUGAGACGGAGCAGAGGUAUGCACAGGUGGAGAAGGAGGCGCUUGGACUAACGUGGGGAUGCGAAAGAUUUAAAGACUUCCUCAUCGGGAGACACUUCUCCCUGGAAACGGACCACAAGCCACUUGUCAGUCUGCUGGGACUACAAGCCCUAACCGAGCUCCCACCCAGGAUCCAGCGGUUCCGACUCAGGCUUAUGAGGUACAGUUACUCCAUCUCGCACACUCCAGGCAAAGCACUCUUCACAGCGGACACCCUUUCACGUGCACCUGUCGAGCAAAAAUCAGAUUCUAAAGCUGCAGCAGAUCUAAUGGCUGACACUAACAUCUACGUCGAUGAAAUAAUCAGAAACCUACCUGCUAGCUCAACAUACAUCACACAACUGAAAGAACAACUAAAGACAGAUAACACAUGUUUGGAAGUCAUGUCCUUGUGUCAGAAAGGCUGGCCAGAUUACAGCCAUCUUACAGGUCCAAUUAAAGCAUAUUGGCCACACAGAGACACUCUAACUGUGCAUGAUGGACUGUUACUGAAAGGCACCAGACUCGUGAUUCCUGCCACUAUGCGCAACUCUGUUCUCAAAGCCCUACAUGAGGGACAUCAGGGCAUGUCUAGGUGCAGAGAGAGAGCUAGAGAGACAGUGUGGUGGCCUGGUCUGAGUGGCCAAAUCAACGAGCUUGUAAAAAACUGCACCACGUGCAUUAAAGAACGCGCCAAUUCAGUGGAGCCUUUAAUGCCCAGUGUGUUCCCCGAAAGACCAUGGCAGAAAGUUGGAGCUGAUCUCUUUACUCUUGACAACGAUGACUAUGUUCUGGUGGUGGACUACUAUUCCAGAUUCGUGGAGUUAGCAAAACUGACGCCCACGAGAUCAGUAGAUGUUAUAGUACACCUAAAGUCAAUCUUUUCCAGACAUGGCAUUCCUGAGCUUUUCUACAGUGACAAUGGACCUCAGUUUUCAAGCCAGCUUUUCAAAGACUUUGCAGCAGCAUAUGGUUUCAGACAUGUAACCAGCAGUCCAAAGUUUGCACAAAGCAAUGGUGAGGCUGAGCGGCAUGUCCAGACUGUGAAAAGACUACUAAAGAAAGCAAAAGACCCAUAUCUUGCACUUUUAGCCUACAGAGCAACCCCAUUGGCUAAUGGAUACAGCCCAGCGCAACUACUAAUGGGACGGAGACUGCGUACGCCACUUCCUCAGCUUCCCUCGUUGCUCGUUCCCAGCCUGCCAGAUCUGCCUACAGUGGCAGAGAGAGAGAGAGAGAGAGAGGAGACUGAAGGACAGUUCAGUGUUUAA